CAAAAUGAAGCUUCUUAUUAUCGCUUUUUGCAUUAUCGCAGCCAGUUGUGACAUAGUUCUAUUGAAAGCUGAUCAAAUUAAUCUAAUCAAAGAAUCAUUUAAUCAAAUCAAAGACAAUAAAGUUGACAUUUUGUAUGCUGUAUUCAAGGAUAACCAAGAAAUCAAAGACAAAUUUCCACAAUUUGCUGGAAAAGAUCUUGAGUCAAUCAAGGAAUCUCGAGAAUUUAAAAACCAUGCAGCUAAAAUCAUUGGAUUUGCCUCAGAUAUCGUUGCACUUGGUGAUAAUGAAUCUGCUGAAGAAUCUGUUGCUACAACAAAAUUCCUUAUCAAUGACUUAGCCGUAACUCAUAAAAAACGUGGAAUCACAAAAACGCAAUUCAAUGCAUUUCGUGCUUCAAUUUUUUUGUAUUUUCAAAAUAAUGUCUCAUGGAGCGACAAUGUUUCAGAAGCAUGGACAAGAGCUUUUGAUGCUGCUUACUUUAUUCUAUUCUCAGCACUUGAUGGACAUCCACUGUGAAAAUUAUUGAUUUAUUUGAAAUUUUUCUUAACUGAAAUA